AUGCAGCGAUCUCUUGCCCGUAUUGUCCCAAAGACUCCCGGAUCCGGGUGCUGUCGUCGCCCGGCUUUGGCCCGUACACAACCCCGAGGCUCCUUUUCUUCUUCCCACUCACAAAUCCAUACCUGCACCGCGCAACAGCCGCUGCUGCGAUCCUCAAGACCAGCUGCUCGUCAUAACGGAGAGUCUUUUGUGCCAUGGCGAAACUCUCGCGCAGAAUCCGUCCGGUGGUCUCACUACAAUGCAACCCCAGCAGAUGGAUCUGUGCCAGCGGUACGUCCGCGCGUCACGGUGCUGGACAUUAAAAAGAUGCACAAAAACAACGUCCCAAUAUCGGUCAUCACUGCUCAUGAUUACAUUUCGGCAGUCAUUGCGGAUCGUGCACAAGUCGACGUUAUUCUUGUCGGCGACUCCUUGUCCAUGGUUUCUCUUGGCUACGAAAACACAAACGAGAUCGAACUCGAUGAAAUGAUUUAUCAUGCUAAAGCCGUAUCCCGUGGAAGCAAGUCAUGUCUUCUCGUUGCAGACCUCCCCUUUGGCUCUUACGAAGUUUCCCCCGAGCAAGCUGCGGCAUCAGCCAUCCAAAUGAUCAAGCGCGGUGACAUGCAGGCCAUCAAGAUUGAGGGUGGUGUUGAGAACUCGGCCACCAUUAAGAAGCUCACCUCUAUGGGUAUUUCCAUCAUGGGACACAUUGGACUUACCCCACAACGUCAAGCAUCUCUCGGAGGUUUCAAGGUCCAAGGGAAAACUGCAGAAAGCGCAGAGUCCAUUCUCCAAGAUGCUCUUGCUCUCCAAGACGCUGGGUGCUUUGCAAUUGUCCUGGAGGCGGUCCCAGCACCAAUGGCCGAUCUCAUCACUCAGAAACUCUCCAUUCCUACCAUUGGAAUUGGUGCAGGCCCACAUACCUCUGGCCAAGUUCUUGUCCAGCUUGAUAUGCUAGGUGGCUUCGAUGGCUUCACCCCCAAGUUUUUGAAAAAGUACUCCAAUUACCUCGACAUCAAUACAGAGGCAAUCAAGCAGUACAAUUCGGAAGUCAAGGAGCGUCAGUUCCCAGAACCCCAACACUGCUACAAUGUCAAGCAAGAAAACGUCGACAAGUUCAAGCAACUGUUGCAAGAAAAGUACAGUCAUUUAUAG